AUGACGUAUUUAUUGUCCACGUGUCAGAUUAAUCUAAAAUUCAUACAGUCCUCUCCGCAUUCCGAUGCCUUAAUUUGCACCCUCUUCUGGGUUCUCUCCGUUAAGAAGGAUAGGCCCAACAACGUAUCGUAUACCUCGACCCUGUCGGAAGAAUCCAUUGUGGUGGCUAAGAUCUGCGACGUUCUCAAUGCUAUUGGAAUCAUCGUGCUAGCCUACAGAGGUCAUAAUGUUUUGCUCGAGAUACAGGGGACGCUGCCUUCAGAUUUCGAUAGAACAUCCAAAGAACCAAUGCGUAGAGGAUUGAGCAUGUCAUAUGUUCUGAUCUCCAUGUGCGUCUUUCCUCUUGCAAUUGCCGGAUUCUGCGCCUAUGGAAGCUACAUAAACGACGGUGGAUUGUUGUAUUCGUUCCCGCAACUCCACAGGAAGCAGAUAACGAAAUUCUAUAUGGGAGCAAUAUACGUUCUGGUGAUAAUACAUUGUUUGAGCAGCUACCAAAUCUAUGCGAUGCCGAUUUUCGACAACCUUGAGAUAAGAUUGACGAGCAUAACGAAUGAGAGAUGUUCGAGAUUGGCGAGAACAUGCAUACGAUUAUUUUUCGGGGGAUUGACGUUUUUCAUAUCUGUCGCAUUCCCAUUCCUUCCAUCCCUAUCAGUAUUUCUUGGAAGCAUGACCCUGGUGUCGAUCACGUAUUCAUACCCCUGUUUCAUGUUUCUAUCACUGAAGAAGCCUCGACCAAGAGGUUCUGUAUGGUGCUUCAACGCUGUGCUCGGGUGCUUGGGGUUGCUUCUUAGUGCUCUUCUCUUAGCUGCAGCUGCAAGAACUCUGUCUCACAAAGGCUUGAAUGCUAACUUUUUCAGACCAUAACAGUACAGUUCUCCAUUAGUGACGAACAGAAGCUAAAAGCUGCUUACCAACUAAUUACCAUUAAUUUAUUUUCAACCCUAAAUAUAAUCAUAGC